AUGGCAUUCUUCCUUCAACGCCGAGCCAUCCAGCAACAUGUCAAGCAAGAACUCUCACGCAUAACCGACUCCCCCGACGAAUUUUCCACCUAUAUUCCUCGGACGCCAGAAGAACAGGAAGUGCAGGAAUCUGGACAUGUUGAAACAAAAGGCGAGCCGUUCACGCAGAUACCAGGUAUCACGUUGAUGCAGGAUUGCAAUGGGAGGAGGUACUAUCAGGUUGAUUGGGCUGGCCCUAAUGACCCGCUUAAUCCGAAGAAGUGGUCUACGAUUCACCGUGUGGGCGCUACCAUGCUUGUUUGCCUCGUUGCGUUUGUGGCGACUAUCGCAUCCUCGAUCGAAUCCGCUGUGUUGACCAGUGCGACUGCUGAGUUUGGUGUAUCAGAGGUGGCGGAAUCGCUGGCUACCGCGCUGUUUUUGGUCGGAAUGGGAUUGGGAGCAUUGCUGCUUAGUCCGCUUUCUGAGCUCCUGGGACGGUAUCUCGUUUACCUUGUUUCACUAUUCAUCUUUGGAUGCUGGAUCCUGGGCGCAGCUUUGGCGCCGAACUUUGGCGCUCAACUUGUUUUCCGAUUUCUAGCUGGAUUUUCCGCUAGUGCUCCGCUCACGGUAGCGGGAGGGACGGUGGGAGAUAUGUGGGAUCCAAUUGAAAAGACAUUUGCGCUCCCCCUUUACGCCAUUCCCGCAUUUGGUGGGCCAGUUUUUGGACCCGUCAUAGGCGCUUAUGUUGGAUACGACCCAUCUGUCGAUUGGAGAUGGGCUGAAUGGAUAACAUUGAUCUUGGUCAGCGCAACGUUCACCCUUAUCCUACUUCUCAAAAAAGAAUCCUUCGCUCCACGAAUCCUACACUACAAAGCAGCCUGUUUCCGCAAGCUUACAGGAAACGAACGUUUCAUGACAGCAGCAGAAGCAUCACAUGCCUCGCUAGGCGAGCUCAUGUCCAAGAGCUUCUUGCGGCCAUUCCUCCUCUCCACGCAACCUAUCGUUGUAGCAUUCACAUUGUACUUGACAAUUGUGUAUAUAAUCUUGUUCACUUUUCUAGAUGGUUACCCCUUCAUCUUCGCAGAAACCUACGGCAUCAACGAAGGCCUCUCCAACAUCUGCUUCAUGGGCCUCUUCAUCGGAAUCAUGCUUUCAGCAAUCCUAGUCCCGCUCGCCUACCGCCAGACCCUCCACCAACUCAAACAAGACGGAGACGACGGAUCCGGCAAACUGGUUCAUCGAGAAUCGAGACUAUUUUUCGCUAUGGUGGGCGCACCCGCACUACCAAUUGGCCUUUUCUGGAUGGGCUGGACUGACUAUAAUUCCAUCUCAAUAUGGUCGCCCCUCGCGGCAUCAGUUCUCGUCGGAUUCAGCAACAUUUGCAUCUUCAUGUCUGCUUACAUGUACAUCAUUGAUAGCUAUGAGGCGUACGCUGCCUCAGCGCUUACCUUCAAUGCGCUCACCAGGUAUAUUGCAGCGGGCGGCAUGACUGUGGUCGGUAUACCUAUGUAUAGGAACCUAGGAACGCACUGGACUUUGACGUUGCUGGGAUGUCUUGGGGUGCUCACGGUGCCUAUUCCGUAUGUGCUUUACCGGUAUGGACCGAGCUUGAGGCGGCGUAGUCAAUGGGCUGUUUAA